AUGUAUAAUAAGACACUGUUAAAUUCUUUUAAACGUCAAUUUUCUUCGAUUAAAUUCUUUGAAACCAAAAAAGUUGCAGAUGAAGCAAAGUAUUUCAAAAAGGAAGAGGAAGAAUUACUUCGAAAGUUACUGGAUAAAAAUCCUGAGAUCAAAUUAAAGCACAAAUCUGAUCUAGAUAAUGAAACUGGGUCAUUAGCUCAGGAUAUUUCCCUAGUUUUAUCUAAGUACAAUUUUAAUAAUGUUAAUGGACAAUUGAUAAAUGAUCUAAUUAGUGUGUUUACUUGUAAUGGGUAUAAGAAGAGUAACUAG